CUUAGGAGUGUGUGUAUAUAUUUGCAUCAGGUGUGGCCGUCUUCGCUCAGAGCAACACGGUUACAGAGAAAGGGAGAGAAAGAAAGGAUGGGAGAGGGAGAGAUGAUAAAAGAGUUGGAGAUGGGAGAGAAACGGAGUUCAGCACGGGACGUCGGAGGACUCAACCGGGAGGAACUUGACGAUGAUGGCCGGCCAAAGAGAAGUGGAACGGUUUGGACGGCAAGUGCGCAUAUCAUCACAGCAGUCAUAGGCUCAGGUGUCCUAUCGUUGGCAUGGGCCACGGCUCAACUUGGGUGGAUUGCUGGACCUGUAACGCUGUUGCUCUUCUCCUUCAUCACCUUCUACACCUCCUGUCUCCUAGCAGAUUGCUACAGGACUUCAGAUCCCAUCUCUGGGAAGAGAAACUACACCUACAUGCAGGCGGUGAAAUCCAACUUAGGUGGAACACAGGUUUGGCUCUGCGGACUCUGUCAAUAUGUCAACUUAUUUGGAGUUGGCAUCGGCUACACCAUCACUGCAUCCAUAAGUGCGGCGGCGGUGCACAAGUCCAAUUGUUUUCAUGCGAAGGGCCACGAAGCUGAUUGCAGUGUUUCAGACAGUCUCUACACGGUUGUAUUUGGGAUUGUCCAAAUUUUCCUCUCCCAACUGCCCAACUUUCAUAAGUUAUGGUGGUUAUCCAUAGUUGCUGCGGUCAUGUCUCUGGCUUACUCCUUCAUAGCUGUUGGUCUCUCAACAGCCAGUAUAAUCUCAGGUAAUACCGCAAAGACAUCCAUAACAGGAACAGAGGUUGGGGUAGAUGUUGAUUCAUCGCAGAAGGUUUGGAAGGCAUGCCAGGCACUUGGAGAUAUCGCAUUUGCCUAUUCAUAUUCCGUGAUUCUAAUAGAAAUCCAGGAUACUCUGAGAAGCCCUCCGGCAGAGGUCAAGGUGAUGAAAAAGGCUUCCUUCAUGGGCGUCUCCACAACGACAGUUUUCUACGUACUGUGUGGCUGCCUUGGAUAUGCUGCAUUUGGAAACCGUGCUCCGGGGAACUUACUCACUGGGUUUGGAUUUUUCGAGCCCUACUGGCUUAUUGACGUUGCCAAUGUUUGCAUCGUAGUGCAUUUAGUUGGUGCAUAUCAGGUAUUCAGCCAGCCAAUAUUUGCUGCAGUUGAGAAAUGGAUUGCCGAAAGGUGCCCGAACAACAAAAUGUUGACUUACGAGCAUCGUGUGACAAGUAAUGGACAUUUUGGAUGCAGUGUCAAUAUGUUUCGACUGAUUUGGAGAACAGUUUUUGUCGUGAUAAGCACCCUUCUAGCAAGCAUGAUGCCUUUCUUCAAUGAUGUGCUUUCAUUCCUGGGAGCUGCUGGAUUCUGGCCUCUUACAGUAUAUUUUCCUAUCACGAUGUACAUUUCACAAAAGAACAUCGCAAGGUUCACACCCAAGUGGAUAGUCUUGCAGAGCAUAAGCUUCCUCUGCUUUGUUGUCGCGCUAGCUGCAGCUUGUGCUUCCAUUGAAGGGGUAAUUAAAUCACUCCGCCACUAUACACCAUUUCAUACUAGGUCAUAAGUUGUUACUCAAAUAAAAGCUCGGCAAUGUUUUUGAGUAGAGACUUGCGAGCAGCCAUGGUUGUGCUCCAUUGUAGUAGCUAUAUGUUCAAAUUUUUCUUGCAAUAUGUUUGUAAUAGCAUUUUCCGCAGAGCAGGCAUGGGCCCUGCAUAUGUUUUCUUGUUCUCAAUAAUCAUCAAAACUCUUCAAGCUUUUGACCUG